AUGUCGUUGCGGAGGUUCGAAGAUGGGCAGAGUUUUCGAGGCAAGCACAGUUACCAAGGCAAGAGACGACCCACUAUCGACAUCCUUCCUCGCUGCAUAAUGGUUGCCGCAACUGCUCACCAGCCGCCAUCAUCGAUUUCGCUGCAAGCUCUGCUCCGCUCUUUCCGACGCUCAGCCUCUCUGCGCUCCGCUUUUUCACGCACAACAACAUAUGCGAGUUCUGUGAGAUCGCCUCCAAAGCCAGCACUCUCGUGUAUCUAUGCGCGCCUCGUGACACAAGACCAGCCAAAUUUCGUUUACGGCGCGGGGUCGCGCUUGACUUGA